CGCGUUGAGGCAAUCAAGGGAAUCAAGGCAAUGUAGCUGUCCCGCCCUGGCAAAGUCUGUCGCCGCCCUGGUCGGGUGACCUUGUCAUCUCCCAUUGGAUCCGUCAGUCUGCAACAGAGUACAUAUUCCAGACAUCCCGACCACUUCUUCCCGCCCUUUUCCCCUCCAUACUUCACGUCGACCCAUUCAUCCUCUCCCUUAGCAUCCUUCCUUCCGUUUGCCCUUGACACACCAUGAGCAACCCAAUCGACCACUUGGAAGUCGGCAUGGCCGAGGCCGCUGCUGAUCAGUAUCGUGCAAACGUUGAUGCUUCCAACCGCACCGACAAGGUCCACCCCUUGGGUCACCUGGAAAAGGGAGUGGUUUCCGAGGAAGUACACGCCACCUCAGACGAGUACGGCAACGUCUUCCCCACUGAAGACGAGCUCCUGAACCUCAGGAGGGUGCCGGAGAACAUUCCCUGGCAAGCCUGGUCGGUAGCAUUCUGCGAGCUUGCAGAGCGCUUCUCCUACUACGGAUGCACCAACGUCUUCACCAACUUCAUCCAGCACUCACGACCAGGAAACCCCGUCCACAGGACCGGUGCGGCUCUAGGCUUGGACACUCCCAGUGGUGCGCUGGGCCGAGGACAGAGGGCAUCGACUGCUCUUACUACCAUGAACACCUUCAUGGUCUACGUCUUGCCCUUGCUGGGUGCAUGGAUUGCCGACUCUCGUCUUGGUCGCUUCAACACCAUCUGUCUUGCAGUCGGCAUUGCUACCGUCGGACACUUCCUCCUGAUCGGCUCUGCUGCUCCUGAUGUCCUCGACAACAGUGCAGGCGCACUGGGUCUCUUCAUCGUAUCGAUCAUCGUCAUGGCCUUCGGUACCGGAUUCUUCAAGUCAAACGUGUCGACUCUGAUCGCAGAGCAGAUCAAGGGUAAGAAGCCCACCGUCAAGAACCUCAAGAGUGGAGAGAAGGUCAUCGUGGACCCCACUCUCUCAAUUUCGAGACUGUUCAUGUACUUCUAUGCCGCCAUCAACAUCGGCGCCAUCGUAGGACAAGUCGGAAUGGUCUACGCCGUAAAGCAACACGGUUACUGGCUGGCUUACCUGCUACCAGCUCUGGUGUUCCUCUUGUGCAUCCCAGUUCUCGCCUUCGGUAGCAAGUACUACGUCAAGACCCCUCCUGCUGGCUCCAUCCUCUCUACUGCUCUCCGAUUCUUUGCCUUUGCCGCAAAGCCCAAGCUGUCUGCGAACCCUGUCACUACUGUCAAGAACCUCUUUGCCGCAAACUUCUGGGAGGAUGCCAAGCCCUCGAGACAGUCGGGACCUCUCCCAUCCUGGAUGAACUUUGACGACCUGUGGGUCGACGAGCUCCGACGAGCCGUCAAGGCCUGCCAGGUCUUCGUCUUCUUCCCAGUCUACUGGCUUUGCUACAACCAGAUCAACAACAACCUCACCUCGCAAGCAGGCUCCAUGACCCUCAACGGAAUCCCCAAUGAUCUACUUUCCAACCUCAACCCCCUGUCAAUCAUCAUCUUCAUUCCCAUCUUGGACCUGUUCGUUUACCCUCUGCUGCGAAAGGCCGGAAUCAAGUUCACGCCAUUGAAGAAGAUCACCCUCGGCUUCUUCACUGCCUCUCUUUCCAUGGUCAGUGCAGCGGUCUGCCAGCACUACAUCUAUAAGACAUCUACUUGCGGAGAGUAUGCCACCGAAUGUGACGACCCCGCGCCGCUCAACGUCUGGAUCCAGACUCCUACUUACGUCUUGAUCGGCUUCUCGGAGAUCUUUGCCUCGAUCACUGGUCUCGAAUACGCCUUCACCAAGGCACCCAGCAACAUGAAGUCCAUGGUCAUGGCCCUCUACCUCUUCACCAGUGCCAUUGCCUCCGCCAUUGGCUUUGCCUUUGUCAGCGUCUCCGCCGACCCUCUCCUUGUCGCCAACUACGGCAUCUUUGCCGGUCUGGCCUUUGUAUUUGGUAUCCUCUUCUGGAUCUGCUUCCGCAAGCUCGACGCCGAAGAGGAUGAGCUCAAUGCUCUGGACAAGACUGCUUUCAAGUCCACCAAGGAGCCCAUUGACGGUAGGCUGCAGGACAAUGGCCGACCUCAGGAUGCCAUCAUCGAUGAGAAGUGAGCGGAGCGCAGAGACUUCGAGUGAUUUAGGAGAGGCGGCAGUCUAUAGACCAAGUGGCCCAUGCAGCCUAUUUCAAUCGGAAGGAGCUGCUAGGGCACGCACAAAAAGCCUGC